UGUUCUGCGCGUAGCUGCGGCGCAGAGCCGGGGCAUAGCCGGAGCUCCCCCACUCACACCGGACCAGCUGUGGAAUUAAAAGCGGUUCUGGAUCGGCUCUGGAGCGUGUCUGGAUUUAUGUUGAUGCUGUGCAGUCCGCUGGGGUCUGGAUCCGUGUAGUUCGGCGGGUCAUGGUGGGGAAGAUGGAGGGGAAGGAGAAACCCAGACCCGGUCCGGAUUAUCUGAUGCAGCUCAUGAACGACAAGAAGCUGAUGAGCAGCCUGCCGAACUUCUGCGGGAUUUUCCAGCACCUAGAGAGGCUCCUGGACGAAGAGAUCAGUCGUGUGAGGAAGGACAUGUACACGGACACGCUAAAUGGAUCUGAGAAGAGCGGCGAGUUGCCGGAUGGUGUCGGGCCGACAGUGCAGCUGCAGGAGAAACUCUACGUUCCUGUGAAGGAGCAUCCUGACUUUAACUUUGUGGGGAGGAUCCUGGGCCCCCGUGGUCUGACGGCAAAGCAGUUGGAGGCUGAAACUGGAUGUAAGAUCAUGGUGAGAGGGCGGGGCUCCAUGAGAGACAAGAAGAAGGAGGAGCAGAACCGUGGGAAGCCAAACUGGGAGCACCUGAACGAGGACCUUCACGUCCUCAUCACGGUGGAAGAUGCUCAGAACCGAGCCGACAUCAAACUCAAACGAGCUGUGGACGAAGUCACCAAGCUGCUGGUGCCUGCUGCAGAGGGUGAGGACAGCCUGAAGAAGAUGCAGCUGAUGGAGUUAGCCAUCCUGAACGGGACGUACAGAGACGCCAACAUUAAACCCUCAUCCCUUGCCUUUUCUCUUGCAGCGUCUACGCAGACUUCUCGUGUCCUCACAGGUCCUGCCCCGGUCCUGGCCCCGCCCACUACCCUCCGUACACCCGCUCCCACAGGCCCCACCCUCAUGCCGCUGAUUCGUCAGAUCCAGACAGUGUUGCCCAAUGGAACGCCAGCACUGAUGCCAGGGGCGGGGCCUGAAUCCAGUCUGAUCUACACGGCACCAUACGACUACCCAUACGCUCUGGCGGCACCGGCUUCCAUCUUGGAGUACCCACUGGACUCUGGAGGGGUGUUAGGUAAGCCCGCACCCCCUUGUUCCUGCGACUGCUCCCCCACUCCUCACCACCAUGCUCAUGGCCAGUGGAGCCCCGCCCCUACACUGCUCCUCAGACACGCCUCCUGAGAGACAAAACAAGCUCUGGCUCCAAACACAAACACGCAAACAAACAAAUUGUGGCCUUUUACUUCAUCAGAUGCCAUAAAACAUACACACACACACACACACACACACACACGGCCUUGUGUCGGCUCCUGCUGGAUGGACGAGGUCUUCACCCUCCAUCAUUAUCUGCUGUCUGAUUGGCUGAAGAUGUUUGAACUACUGUUAACUUCCAGCACUGAUGUCAUGUGACCCCAGCUUCCUCCACUGAAGCGCACACCUGUUAAUCUUCAGCACGCCUCCUACACGGCUCCACCUGCAGAGGCUUUCAGGUCAGCCCGGCUGUAUGAAAAUCAAUUAAAUCGUUUCAGUUGUAAACAUAAACAAACUGAUUAUCUUAAAAAAACUGAGCUUUACAAAGUAAAACUUUGAUUUUUAUGUUUGUGAAAGCAAGAGUUUUAGCCCCACAGUUUGGAAUAAAGCUGAACAUUUGUAAUCUUCAGCAAAUAUAGACUUAUAUUUAGGGAAGAUUCACAAUUAUCGACAUUUUCCAAAGUGUACAAAGCGUACGACGGGGUGGGGAGGGGGGUAACACCCAGCAUAUGCCUUUCAAAAAGUUAGAAAAU